UCCUCCGGUGAGGCUCCGCCCCCGGGGCGAGGUCAGUGGGCUGCGGGCGCUCCGCUGGUUGUGUGUACGCUGUGUCGCCGCUGUGAGCAUGGCUGAGGAAGAAGGAAAUCAGGAGUUCACUUCCAAGAUGGAAAACCCAUCAGAUUCAGCAUCGACUUCACCUGACGCUCCUCAGGCCAGUGAGAAUCCACCAUCACCCCCGACUUCACCUGUCGCUCCUCAGCCCAGUGAGAAUCCACCAUCACCCCCGACUUCACCUGCCCCUCAGCCCAGUGAGAAUCCACCAUCACCCCCGACUUCACCUGAUGUGCCUCAGACCAGUGAGAAUCCACCAUCACCCCCGACUUCACCUGCCACUCCUCAGACCAGGGAGAAUCCACCAUCACCCCAUUCGAAUAGUUCAGGAAAACAACCUCUGAGUGGAACACCUAAAGAGAGGUUAAAGAAAGCAAGAUCUUCAUCUCAUUCAUUUUGUAGUGUGGUGAAGCGUAUGAAGGUAGAGAGUGACGAAAAUAAUCAGACCCCUUCAGAACCAGGAGAAUCUUCAAAGGAAGAAAGUUGUUCAAAGGCCCAAGAAAGCUUGAAAAACAAAGACAGUGAGCCUGGAGAAAAGAGCUCAGAGGAGAAAACCACGUGUGAAUCUAAGUCGCCGGAUACUGGGUCAUCUAAUGCCCUCCCAAAGGAGUCUGAGAAUGCGGCCGUUAGAGAAAAAUUAAAACAAGAAAAAAUAAGAUUGAUCAGGCAGGUUGAAGAGAAGGAAGACCUUCUUCGGAGGUUAAAGUUAGUCAAGAUGUAUAGAAUAAAGAACGACGUGACUGAGUUAGAGAAUCUAAUAAAGAAGUGGAGGAAGUGUGGUCAGCGGCUGCUGUGUGAGCUGCAGUCUAUCAUGUCGGAGGACGAGGACGAGAAGCUGACGCUCACCGAGCUGAUCGACUUCUACGGGAUAGACGACAACUUGCUGCACUACAAUCGAAGUGAAGAAGAAUUUACGGGGGUGUGAGGCUAUUCCCCCCUCUCUUCUUUGGGUGAUGUGAUCAUACCUAGGGCCUCAAAACGUGCUCUGUUCCUGAGCUGUACACUUGGCCGCUUUACAGAUUGUCUUUGAGAAUGGCAAUGCAAAGAGAAAUGUUUUAAAGGGAAAAAAAAGAUCUAAGCUGUUGUGGCUUAGAGGGAGGAAUGUUGAACAGUUUGGGAUAUUCUGACACAAAAUUAUAAGACGAAGCUUAGUAUUUUGGAUAUGUUUGCUAAAGAAAAUAUUUAAGUAUAAAAAGUUAAAAUUGUGUUUAAAAGGAAGUUUGGAUAAUUCUAGAAACCAGGGGUAAUUCAUUGAUUUGGGGGGCAAAAGGUUUUAUAUUCAGUAUUAGAAAGUAGUAUGUUGAAUGUCUAAAUCUCAAGUGGCAUAAAUGUAGCCUGCCCCUCCUAAGUUCAUGGACCUAGCCUCAUUUGCUUAAUGUAUCUGUUUGCUAACCUAGCAGCUAAUUAAACUUAAAUGUCUACACUUUU